AAAUUUUUUUUUGUGUCUCCACUAAAUUAAUCGAAUCCAGCAAUCUUUACGUAUUUUUGGCUGAAAAUUAUGUAUAUAAACGUAACUCGAAAGAAACAAUAUUAAGUAAAAUAUAUUACUACUAAAUUUGCCAAAUAAGCAUCGCAAACUCUUUAAUUCAAUAGCGCUUGUUAUCCCGUGUUUUUUUUUUGCAAAUGUCAUUUGUUUGUGUAUAUGUACGUGUAUGGAAUGGAAUGUACUUAAAAUAUUCGGAAUGUACAUGCAUUGGGUGAUAUAUCCAAGCUGUAACUAUAUUCUUCGGGACUGCGAAGCCAAGACAGGACUCAAUACACUUUUUUGCAUUUGGGACCACUCAUGAUGGAUACAUAAAAUGAUUGGUUUCUUUGUAGUUUUCUCCUAUUUUAGUGCACACUCAGUAAAUAUAUAUAUGGAGUCUGGAUCUAACUUCAUUCCCGGCAUAGUUUAAGACACGAUCAACUGGCUGAAGAAUUUUUUGUAAAUUUAGAUGCUGAAUAAGAAUGAUUAGACGCCACAGAGAAGACUUUCAGUAAAAAAAGUUAGAGCUGCAAUAGAUAAGGUUCCAAAAACCUUAGUUUCUAAUGAAACUUGUUAACCGAGACGUCAACAAACAACAACAUAAGAAAGCAAUCACAUCUUAAAAAUGUCAAAUGCUCUUUAAUACUGCAUUACCAUGAAAAUCUUAUAAACGAGUCACUAUCCUGUGGUUAAAAUAGGGACUCUCCAGAAGUUUUAUAUAUUUCCUUUAUAUGUAUACUUUAACAAAGUAAUCAAAUUUUUGAAAAAUCCUUUUUUUUUCAAUCAAGAUAUUCAGAAAAAAGUUCAGAUGCGAAGGGCACGUCGACUUCGAACGUAACCAAAGAUAAUCCCCAAUUGCCGUUCCUCAAAUUUUUCAAGAAACGUCACCUUUGCCCAUUUGAUCUCAAAGUAAGAAUUGAUAUAUUUGCUAUAUGUAAUGCAGAUGAAGAAAUAGAUAUUGAUUUAUCAAACAACACGUUCCGCAAAAAAUGUUGAACUCGUUCCAAUUCCAUCAAAAAUGGCUUGUUGAUGUAAAACAAACAAUUUGAAUGCAGUAAAAUGGUAUAGAUGUAACCCCUUACUUCAAAACUAAUUCGUGGCUAAUACCACUAAAACAGUUCUGAGCAUACAGCAGUGAGAAACUACUAAUGUCAAUAUUGAAUGAAGCAAAUCCGUUAAAUACCAUAUCUUUAACAUCGCAACAGGGUAUACAUUUUUUUUUACAUUUUCCUGUCAAUGUCGUAAGAGAGACAAUUUCUUUGUAUGCUGGAAGCUAAGCCCCGAAAUAUGAAAAUUAAAUGUCAGCUCUACUAAAUAUUAAAAAUAGCAAACAACGAAAAAUUUGCAACUUUAACUGUGUAUCCAUCUUCCACACAGUAGGACCGAAAAAGUCGUUCCAUUUCUGUGUUCAAAUAUCUUCAGUGGGACUUAGUCCACUAAUAAUCAUAACACAUACAGGCUGAAAAAUAAUAACGGAAAAUCUGAUAAAAAUUAUUUAAAUAAAAAUAUAUUCGUAACUAUGGUUGGAACACAACAAAAAAUUAAUCAUAUUCAAUUAUCUGGAACAAAUGCAAUCCGUGAUGAUAAUACUUUUCCCGGGAAAAGCGACGUAAAAGCAGCGCCCGUUGUAGCGAAAAUCGGUAAAGCAUCUUCACCUGCAAUAUCAAUAUCUACACCUCAGACAAAAAUCAAGAUGAUCAAUCAAAAUUCCACCCAGGCUGGCAUCACUCAUACCAAUUCACAUAAUUUAAGCCAUCACUCUUGUCACGGAAACAUGGUGCAAUAUUUUAGUAGUAGCUAUGGAUCACCGGGAAUGUUUCAUGAUAAUAAAAAAGAAUUGCAACCCACAGAGAAGCUCGAAAACCAUUCUGGAGAUGGCAAAAAUGUACAACGUAGUUUAAUUCCAGAUGGAUGCGAAAAUUCCGGAACCAUUCAAGCAAUCUCUCUGCCUAAUGUUACAACAGUCUCGUCAAAAACCGAUUUCAUUUCCAGCUUUAUUUCAAAAGAUUUGCCUUCUUGCAGGGGUGCUAUUCCAUCCACUUAUAAAUUACAAUCGGAAUCAGAUUCCCUCGACCUAUUGAAGGAAAAAUCUCAACCAGUUGUAGAAAACGACGCUUUCACCUUUCAUGAGCAGAUCAUCAUGUCUGGCCAACAAAAGAGCGCAUUGCAAGAAAAACCAAAAGUACUGGUUGUUUCCCCGCAACAAGUUAUGAUAUUGUACAUGCAUAAAUUAACGCCAUAUGAGCGUACUGAAAUACUAGCGUAUCCACAGAUUUAUUUCAUUGGUGCCAAUGCAAAAAAACGCCCAGGAGUGUACGGACCAAACAAUUCUGAUUAUGAUAAUGAACAAGGGGCUUAUAUUCAUAUACCACACGAUCACGUAGCGUAUCGAUACGAAAUGCUCAAGAUAAUUGGCAAGGGAAGCUUCGGCCAGGUGAUAAAGGCCUAUGAUCAUAAGACUCACGAGCAUGUAGCAUUAAAAAUAGUGCGCAAUGAGAAGCGGUUUCAUCGGCAAGCACAAGAGGAAAUUCGAAUUCUUCAUCAUUUACGUCGUCACGAUAAAUAUAAUACUAUGAAUAUUAUACACAUGUUUGACUACUUUACAUUUCGAAAUCACACUUGCAUCACAUUCGAGCUUCUCAGCAUUAACCUUUAUGAAUUGAUUAAGAAAAAUGGAUUUAAGGGCUUCAGCCUACAGCUUGUGCGAAAAUUUGCACAUUCGCUACUCCAAUGCUUGGAUGCACUAUACAAAAAUGAGAUUAUACAUUGUGAUAUGAAACCAGAAAAUGUGCUUUUAAAACAACAAGGUCGUUCUGGUAUUAAGGUUAUUGACUUUGGUUCGUCAUGCUUUGAAAAUCAACGUAUAUAUACAUAUAUACAAUCACGAUUUUACCGUGCCCCUGAGGUUAUUUUGGGAGCAAAAUAUGGCAGAGCUAUUGACAUGUGGUCCUUGGGUUGCAUUCUGGCAGAACUACUAUCGGGUCACGCACUGUUUCCGGGUGAAAACGAAAGCGAUCAACUUGCCUGUAUUAUUGAAGUUCUCGGCAUGCCCAAUAAAACGUUACUAGCCACCUCAAAGCGAUCCAAAACGUUCUUUAGCCCAAAAGGUUAUCCACGUUAUUGCACUGUACGCACCAUGUCUGAUGGAAUGGUUGUUUUAAUUGGGGGCCAGUCGCGCCGAGGAAAGCCACGAGGUCCCCCAUGCUCAAAAAGCCUUUCUAAAGCACUGGAUGGAUGCAAGGAUCCGCUAUUUCUCAACUUUAUUCGUGGUUGUCUGGAAUGGGAUGCAGAUAAACGCUUAACUCCAUCCGAGGCUCUUAAACAUCCGUGGCUUCGCCGUCGUCUUCCCAGACCACCAAGUAGCACAAGCGGUUGUGGUGUUUUAAACGGAGCUAAUGUCAGUGGUGAUCAAUCACCGGUAACAGGACUAAAUAUAACUUCUGCAAAUGAAACGACUGCAUCUGCAAGCUCUGCUAUAUCUGCCUCAUUAACAAUGGAAAGAGAGAACAGCAAUUGUAGUGGUCGUGUAAACCAUGGCGGAAUUUCUGAAGAAGAAUUUAAAAGUACCAUAAGUCUCAACGGCUCGGACGGAUCGUUACCAGCGCCAGCUGCUCCUUUCUUAACAGCCGACCUUUUGGCGGAUAGUUUUAAAAAUACUACUGUUAUAUCCCCACAUUUGUCGUCGUUAACCCAUUCAGCUGAUUCCAGUUGCGUUAGUGGUCUCAGUACAGUCGCUCGGAGUGUUGUUACUUCCAGAUAUCCACCGUCAUCAUUAUCGUAUUUGCCGCACAUGAACAAUAAUGGAACUGAACGUUUAUCUAGCUUUUCUGCCUCGUUAAACAGCUCUGCCAACUCAUUGACGCAAUUGGAACCGGUCACAAACUUAGAUGUAUUCUCCGUAUAUUCAGCUUCAACCACACCUAAUUUAACAGCAACCGAUAUAGGUUUGGUUUCAGAUUCUGUUACGGAAGAUAUGGACAUGACAGCUUCGUCCUCUUUUGUUAAUCUCAGUAACACCUGCGUAAUGGAUAAGUCCAGUGGUAUCAAUGAAAAUAAAAACUUUUCACAGCACGCCCAUAAGUUUAAAGUAUCUUCCAAAGAUAUGUAGCUAAUUGUUUGACGAUAUACAGAUUUUUGCCAUCUAAGGGACUAGAAGCACUACUAAUUGUUGUUAUCUGAUUUAUUAACAACACUGCCAUAGAUGUGAUAAGCUGAAUACGUCUAUAUAGUUGGCCCUGAUUUGCAUUGUAUUGGUACUUGCUUUAAAUUACACAUGCACAUGCAGCAUAGAUCUCAAGAAAAUAUCAAAAUUUUGCAUUUGAAUUACAGACAAGUAAAAAAUGUUGCCAUUAUUUCUUUUAAACUCACUUAACAUUUUAAAUAUAUUAGUGUUGAAAAUAUACAAAAUAAUUAAAAAUGUAUAGUACGAGUUUUUAAUCAAGGCAGUGAACUUUGUUAACUAUUGUUUGUAGCAAGAUAUCAUUAAUGAUCGGUUUUAUACCUUUUUCAGAGUGUAAUAUAAAUUGGAUCAUAUUAUAUAUUUGCAAUUCACAGAAGGAAGCAUUUCCGACGUUUAUUUAUAUUAUAUUUAUUAAAAUGACGAGCUGAGUCUUUUGUUUCUGAAGAUAUUCCAACUCAACGUUACUGGUUGCAGUUUAAAAUCUUCUACAUAUUUAUUUAUUUUACAAUAUUUAGAAAGUGUAACUCAAAAUCGAAUCAAAUUAUCAUAAAUCUAAUAGAAAUUCUACAAUUGAUCCACAAACCAUUAUUUUUUGUGGCUCUAUCUAUGAACCGACAAGUUAAAACUUGAUUGUAGACAUUUGCUGACAAGAACGUAAGCGCUUUUGGCUUUAAAUUGAUAAAUAUAGCCAUUACUUUCAUGCAUUUUAAAAUGUUGUACACGUUCUGUUUCUGUAUUAAAGUGCCAUUAAACAUUUUUUUACACACAAAGUCAAUUUAUUAUACAUAUUUCAUAACGUUUGAGACGUGAAAACGUUUGUAAAUUAUCUUCACGUCACUAAAAAAAUACUUCAAAUCAAUAGCAGAGAUAGAAUCUUAUUUUCACUUUCUUCAUUUUAUCUAAUUUCUAUAUAAAAAAUUACAUUGUUAUUAAAACUAUUUCAUAACAUUGUACACAUUUUUUCCCAUUGACCAUUUUAAAAUAUAUAGUUAGUUGUUGUGCAUUAUUGAUUUUAAUCAAUACACCUUUGUUCUAUACAAAGUUAGUUUACAAAUUUAAUAUAUAUUUCAUAACGUUCAAUUAUUAUUUGUGCAAUACUACGGAAACUGAAGGUAAUAACCUUUUGUUAAUUAUCUUCAAGUUUCUAAAGAAAUACCUUAAAUAAAUAAGAGAGUUUGAAAUUUUUGUAUUAGCUUCAUUAUAAAAUAAUUGAUUUGUGAAAUUUUUUAAAAUUACUUACACAACAUUGUCAAUAUAAUGCUUACGUCAGGUUUUUCGUAAGAAUGUGUAGAUCGUUAGAGAUCUUUCUCAUGACUUUAUAACGAAUACUAAGUUAAGUCAAUUCAAAUCCAUUAUAAUUGGCACUUUCUGAUGGUAUUUAUUAAAUAAAAAACCUAAAUUACAACGAGUGUAUGCAGCUGAGCGUGAAAAUUGUUGUAAACCACAUAUAGUGCUACCGAUGAGUCAACAAUAUUAAUGUACUUAAUUGCAUGAAAA